AUGAGUUCAAGAUCAAGAUUAUACACACGUUUUCGUCAUCAAAACAACACACAUUCAAUCAAAAAGACUCAUCUUGUUAUUUUUGAUAUUGAUGUCGAUCAAUCGAUGUUAUCUGAUUUAACUAUUGAAAUGAAGAUAUUUAAUGAAGAUGAAAUUGAUUUAUGGUUUGAUUAUAUAACAUCAGAUGUUAAUGAAAUCUAUCUAAUUGUCUCAAAUCUUCUAGGUUAUACGUUUAUUCAAUUCAUUCAUGAUUAUCCACAAAUAAAAUCAAUUUAUAUAUUUUGUAAAGAUCCACAAUAUAGAAAUUAUUCAAAUACACUAACAAAAUUACAAGGUACUUUCGAUGAUAUAAAUGUGAUGUGGCAACAGUUUCAACAUAAUUAUAAUAUAUUUUACAGUUAUUAUGAUUUCCAACAAAGUACAUUUAAAAGCAUUAAUUCGACAAGUGCUGAAAGUGUUUGGUGGAUAGUUUUUUAUAAGAUUCUACAACAUAUUAAACAUACAAACAUUGCCAAGGAUGAAUUUAUCGAAUUUUACCGAAAUUCUGUUGGAGAUAGCGAACGCCAGUUAAGAAAUAUACAAGAACUGGUUGAUCGUUACGACUCUACUGAAGCUAUUUAUUGGUAUACCAAGGAGUCUCUUACGUAUCCUUUAUUGAAUCAAACACUUCGAACAGAAAAAAACAUCAACAAUAUAUUUAAACUCCGAUUAUUCAUUACGGAUCUUAUAUCUCAAUUAAGAAUUCUCCAAUCAGAUCAACGUAAAAUCGGUGACCAUUCUCUCCUAGUGUAUCGUGGCCAAGCGAUGCUAACAGAAGACAUCCAACAACUCAAAUCCGCUAUUGGUAACUCAAUAAGAUACAAUAGAUGUCUUUCCACUCUUUUAAAUAGAGAUAUUGCGUUGGGGGUUGCUGAAUAUGCACGCGAGAAUCCGGAUCUAGAACGUGUACUAAUGACAAUUGAAAUAGACUCCAACAAUAUUAAUAAUAAUACAGCACCUUUUGCAAAUAUUUCUCAACACAGUUAUGAUAAGGAUGAAGAGGAAGUUUUACUAUCAAUGAAUUCAAUACUAUUAAUUGAAUCUGUUGAAUUAGAUGAAAAUCAUCUUUGGAAUGUUCGUUUAAAAUAUAUAGAUAAUCAAUGGGAUGUCGAGUUUGAUGAAAGAAGUAUUUUUAGUCGACACGGUGAAAAAAUCUUUAUUCGACAUUUAUCAAAAGAAAAUAACCAAUUUAUUGCUUUUCAAUUAUUACUGGAUUUUAUUUUGAGAUUAGAACAAACAUUUUAUGCCGAACAGGAACUUUUAGAGUUUGCUCGAUCAAAAUAUGAAAGUAAUCCAGCGCAAUUGGCAGAAAUCGAUGAUUUCGAAAGAAAUUAUCGACCGGAAGAUGCUGUUAAAUGGUUUUCAAAAGAUAAUUUUCUCUAUCGUUUAUUAAAUGAAUCACUUCGUACCGAAAUUAUUAAUGAUAUUGUUAAAAUGAGAUAUUUUAUUUAUGACUUACAUAAUCAAUUAGCUGAAUUACAAUUAUCUUUUAUUGACUCAUUAAAUGGAAAAAAAGAAAUUGUUUUAUAUCGAGGUUUACUAAUGAAAGUCGCUCAACUUAAUGAAUUAAGAGAAAACUUUGACGGUUUAAUUUCAAUGAAUAGUUUUGUAUCAGCAACACAAGAUGAAUAUGUAGCGAUUGUGUUUUCUGGUGAUGGAGAACAAACAAUUCCACCAGAUGAAGUAUCAGUCAUCUAUGAAAUGUUAAUUGAUACUGAUAUUCGAUCAACACCAUAUGCAAAAAUUCAAAGUACUAUAGUUGACGAAGAAGAAGUUUUGUUUUCAAUAGGAUCAACAUUUCGUAUUGGAAAGAUUAAUGAAAUACGUUCACGAGUGUAUCGAGUGAAAUUAACAAUGGUACAUAAAGAAGAUGAACUAUGGAAUAAAUUAACAGCACAUCUAGACUCUUAA